AUGCAUAGCAUUUACGCUCGAGCGAAUGGUAUAUCCGGUCUUUGGUCCACGUGUGUUAUGGUUUUGCUUGGAGCUGUAGCUCUUUCCUCUUUCCUCUUCAACGCGGAGUCCAAGGGUAGUCUGGAUAUCGUCUCUUUGAAGGUGUUUCACUCCAAAACGAGACGUUAUCCUUUCAGAAAUGAGGAAAUUGGUUUUGUUAAAUUUAACCUUUCGGCCGACUUGACGCCACUUUUUAACUGGAACACGAAGCAGUUAUUCGUGUACCUUGAGGCCGAGUACACAAAUGCACAAGGGGUCAACAACACCGUAGUUAUCUGGGAUCGCAUUGUACGGAGAAAAGAUGAUGCCACGAUCGACAUUAUACAGAAAGAAAAGUACAAACUUCGCGACCUGUCGGGAUCUUUCAGCAACGUACUUCCUGCCCAAUAUUCACUCAAAUAUAGUGUGAUGCCGUAUGUUGGCGUGCUCACUUACGGAGAAGCUGCCCGUACGAUGAAAGCCAUCGACUUUCCUGAUGCUCGAGACUCUGUGUCAUGA